AGAGGACGUUUCACUCGCAGGAGGAGGGACGCAGUGCCACACUCAGGAUACCCACUCCCUCUCUCUCUCUCUCUCUCUCUCUCUCUCUCACUCUCUCUCUCUCUCUCUCUCUCUCUCUCUCACUCUCUCUCUCUCUCUCUCUCUCUCUCGCUCUCUCUCUCCUCAAUCCGCUGGUGAAGUGCAGCUCAGUGCUCGUUACUCCGCUCAGAGGCACCGAGCAGAGCGGCGCGGAGCGGGACUACCUAACACCGCGGAGGAACACUGAUGGCCGGCGGUUCUCUUAGUUUGUGAAAGAACUUUCUAUUUUUUUCAUUUUUGAUCCUGUGUGUGUUCAUCUGGGAGACACCGGGGAGCCCAGAAGAGCCAGAAGAGCCAGAAGAGCCAGAAGAACCCAGAAGAGCCCAGAGGAGCCCAGAGGAGCCCAGAGGAGCCCAGAAGAGCCCAGAAGAACCAGGAGAGCCCAGAAGAGCCAGAAGAACCCAGAAGAGCCCAGAGGAGCCCAGAAGAACCCAGAAGAGCCCAGAGGAGCCCAGAAGAACCCAGAAGAGCCCAGAGGAGCCCAGAAGAGCCCAGAGGAGCCCAGAAGAACCCAGAAGAGCCCAGAAGAGCCCAGAGGAGCCCAGAGGAGCCCAGAGGAGCCCAGAGGAGCCCAGAAGAACCCAGAGGAGCCCAGAGGAGCCCAGAGGAGCCACCCGCCGGACGACCGGUUCACCUCCCGAGAGAAUGAGGCAGUGUAAAGGUUGGAGCGUGGGGCUGCUGGUGCUGCUGGUGCUGCUGGUGCUGCUGGGACUGGGAACUGUGGCCCAGAAGCUGCCCACGAGAGACGAAGGGCUCUUCCAGAUGCAGAUCCGAGACAAGUCGCUGUUCCACGACUCCUCCGUCAUCCCGGAUGGAGCCGAGAUCAGCGGCUACCUGUUCAGGGACACGCCCAAAAGGUACUACUUUGUGGUGGAGGAAGACAACACACCCCUGUCUGUGACCGUGACACCCUGUGAUGCUCCUCUGGAGUGGAAGCUCACCCUGCAGGAGCUGCCGGAGGAGGCCAGCGGAGAGGCAUCAGGAGAACCUGAACCUCUGGACCAGCAGAAGCAGCAGGUGACCGUGGACGAGGGCACGGAGCUCUUCACCUACAAAGGCAACGACGUGGAGGCGUACGUGGCCACCAGCACGCCCGCCGGCCUCUACCAGCUGGAGCUGCUGUCCACGGAGAAAGACAGCAACUUCAAGGUGUACGCCAGCACGACUCCAGAGUCCGACCAGCCCUAUCCGGAGCUGCCCUACGACCCCCGCGUGGACGUGACCGCGCUGGGCCGCACCACCGUCACCCUGGCCUGGAAGCCGACGCCCACGGGCUUCCUGAUGGGCCAGCCCAUCCACUACUGCGUGGUGAUCAACAAGGAGCACAACUUCAAGAGCAUGUGUGCUGCCGAAGCGAAGAUGAGCGUGGAAGAUGCCUUCAUGUUGGCUCCGAAGCCCGGCAGAGACUUCAGCCCGUUUGACUUUGCCCACUUCGGCUUUGUGCCCUCCGACCACGGGUUCGGCAAAGACCGCGGCCUCACGAGUAACAAGAUCUCCCGGGCGUACACGGCCAAGCCCAGAGCGCCGGACAUCCAGAAGGUGUGCAUCGGCAACAAAAACAUCUUCACCGUGUCAGACCUGAAGCCGGACAUGCAGUACUACUUCGACGUGUUCGCGGUGAACUCUGCGACCAACACCAGCACGGCGUACGUGGGAACCUUCGCCCGCACCAAAGAGGAAGCCCGCCAGAAAACGAUGGAGCUGAAGGACGGCAAAGUGUCGGACGUCUUCAUCAAGAGGAAGGGCAGCAAGUUCCUGCGCUUCGCCCCGGUGUCCUCCCACCAGAGGGUCACCCUGUUCGUCCACACGUGCCUGGACGCCGUGCAGGUGCAGGUGCGGCGUGACGGCAAGCUGCUGCUCUCCCAGAACGUGGAAGGGGUGCGGCAGUUACAGCUGCGGGGGAAGCCCAAAGCCAAGUACCUGAUCCGCUUGCGAGGCAGCAGGAAAGGAGCCUCCACCCUGAAGGUGCUCGCCACCACCCGACCCAGCAGCAAGCAGCCCUUCCCGUCGCUGCCGGAGGACACGCGCAUCAAGGCGUUCGACAAGCUGCGCACCUGCUCCUCCGCCACCGUGGCCUGGCUGGGCACGCAGGACCGCAACAAGUACUGCAUUUACCGCAAGGAGGUGGCCGAGAACUACGGCGAGGAGCAGCGACGCCGGGAGCAGAACCAGUGCGCCGGGCCGGAGGCCCGCAGGAAGUCGGAGAAGGUCCUGUGCAAGUACUUCCACAGCCCGAACCUGCAGAAGGCGGUGACCACGGAGACCAUCGCGGGUCUGGAGGCGGGGAAGACCUACCUGCUGGACGUUUACGUGGUGGGACACAGUGGCCACUCUGUGAAGUACCAGAGCAAACUGGUGAAAACAAGGAAAUACUGCUAAAUGACUCUGCAAAGAAUAAAAUCUAUUAUAAAUCUAUAUAUUAAAUAAGUUUAUUUAACUCUAAGUGAUAUUCUACUAAGGAGUGUAUACGGACUGACUACUCACACAAGCGGACGGGGGCCUGUGGCAGUGACUGAACUGUUCGUGGAGAGAGAUAUCAACCUGUAUAUUUAUGUUUACAUUUCAUGGCCGCACCUCCGGGGGGCCGGUAGGCGGGAGCUGCUCCGUCGCCAUGACGCGACGCUGCCACCGGGGAGGCGGGACUUAAAGAGGAGAUCAUCUUUCUUUGCCGCUGCAUGACGUUUUUUUGUUGUCUUUCCUGUCUUUCCGUCCUGUUUGUUGGAGUCGCAGCAGCAUUGUAUAGAUCUGUCACUGCAUAUUCACAUGUUUUAGGAGGAAUUUAAAUUAUUUUAUACUUUUUUCGUCUUUUUGAUCGUUUUUAUCGAUGACAAUAAUAACUGUUGACAGGAAAUUCCAGUUUUACGAGGAAGUUGUAGUAGUUGGGACAUUCCCGUCUGUGUCUCAGCCAGUGUUUGCUCUAGAGCCCAUCUUGUAAAUGUGUUCUGUGCUGGAGAUCUGUGUUAUUAUCACUGUAUCGCUGUGCGUGUGUGAGAGUGUGUGUGUGUGUGUGUCACAUGUACAGAGUUGUCCUGCCAAUAUCCAUGUACAUAAACACUAAAUAUAGACCCAGUAAUCCUCUGUCA